AAGGUUCCAAGGCUGAGGUUCGGAGCUAGUAAAGCUCGGCUAAGGUUCGGAGCCAUAGCAAAGCUGAGCUUCGGUUGAUGUUCAAAUUGCCCUGCUCACUUCACUCACUCCCUAAAACAUGGGAAUGUUUGGAACUCCAUGGACUUAUUAGUGAUCACAAUUCACUAACCCCACCUCUCAAUUCCCAAUUCCCAAUUUUGGGCCGAGUGUCCUCUGAUCCAUCAAUUUCCUCCUCCCCAGUUUGGCUUGUAUUUGACCUCAAGAAAUGGCCCAGAGUAAUUGGGAAGCAGAUAAGAUGCUUGAUGUGUACAUUUACGAUUAUCUAAUGAAGAAGGAAUUGCAUGCCACUGCUAAGUCUUUCAUGACCGAAGGGAAGGUUGCGCCCGAUCCAGUAGCCAUUGAUGCACCUGGAGGGUUUCUUUUUGAAUGGUGGUCUGUCUUCUGGGACAUUUUUAUUGCGAGGACAAACGAUAAACAUUCCGAGUCUGCGGCAGUUUAUAUAGAGGCACAACAAAUUAAAACAAAAGAGCAACAACAGCUGCAAAUGCAGCAGUUGCAACUAAUGCGCCAAGCUCAGUUGCAAAGAAAUCCUACUAAUCCUCCCCUUGGUGGUCCCCUAAAUUCACUAAGUUCUGAAGGAAUGCUUGGGCAAUCUACUACUAGUGCAUUGGCUGCAAAAAUGUAUGAGGAACGUAUGAAACACCCCAAUCAAAUAGAUUCAGAGACAUCCCAACCACUCCUUGAUGCUAGAGUGGCCCUGCUGAAAUCAACAACAAACCAUCCUGGUCAGUUGGUUCAAGGAAACCCUGGUAGUGUUAAUGCGGCAUUACAACAAAUCCAAGCUCGAAGUCAACAGACUGCUGACAUAAAGAGUGAAGUUAACAUGGUUGCCUCUCAGAGAUCUUUGCCUGUGGAUUCUUCAAUUUAUGCACAAGGAAUGAUGCAGCCAAGACCAGGGAUAGGAAAUGCAGGUUUGAACCCAGGAGUCGGUGGUCUUCCAUUAAAGGGAUGGCCAUUAACAGGCAUCGACCAAAUGCGGCCAGGUUUAGGUGCACAAGUUCAAAAACCUUUCUUGCAAGGUGCAACACAGUUUCAGAUCCUCUCACAGCAACAACAACAGCUUUUAGCACAGGUUCAGACACAAGGCAAUGUUGGUAGCACACCUGGCUAUGGAGAUAUGAGGGGAUUGCCCAGGGGAAAUUUAAAUUCUAAAGAUGGCCAAUCUAUCACAAACAAUGGAUCUCUAGGUUCUCCUAUGCAAACAACUUCGCAGAUAAACAUGCCACAGAUGCAACACUCUUCUUCUCAACAACAGGAUCCUUUGCAGCCUCAGCAAGUACAGCAGAAUAACCGCAAAAGGAAAGGGCCUUCAUCCUCUGGAGCUGCUAACAGUACCGGUACAGGAAAUACAGUUGGUCCUUCAUCUAAUUCCCAACCAUCAACUCCAUCCACUCAUACACCUGGAGACGGAAUUGCUAUGGCUGGAAAUUUUCCGAAUCCUAGCAACGUUCCGAAAAGUUUGAUGAUGUAUGGCACGGAUGGAACAGGUGGCCUUGCAUCAUCCACAAAUCAGCUGGAAGACAUUGACCAAUUUGGAGAUGUUGGUUCCCUAGAGGACAAUGUGGAAUCCUUUUUGUCACAUGAUGAUGGAGAUGGAAGGGAUUUGUUUGGUACAUUGAACCGGAACCCUGCACAUUCCACAGAAGCUUCAAAGGAUUUUUCCUUCAAAGAAGUCGGUUCAAUUUGUAAAAGUAGUAGCAAAGUUGUCUGCUGUCACUUCUCUUCAGAUGGAAAAUUAUUGGCCAGUGCUGGACAUGACAAGAAGGUUGUUAUUUGGAAUAUGGAAACACUACAGACUGAAAGCACACCCGAGGAUCACAGCCUGAUAAUUACUGAUGUUCGAUUUAGACCAAAUUCAACUCAGUUGGCAACUUCUUCAUUUGACACAACUGUGCGACUUUGGGAUGCUGCUGAACCAAGCUAUUGUUUACAUACAUAUAAAGGACAUACCUCACAUGUAAGGUCACUUGAUUUCCACCCUAAGAAGACUGACCUUUUCUGCUCAUGUGACACGAACAAUGAGAUUCGCUUUUGGAAUAUUAAUCAGUAUUCGUGCAUUCGUGUUUCUAAGGGAGGUUCUUCACAGGUGAGGUUCCAGCCAAGAAUUGGACAAUUUAUGGCUGCAGCAUCUGGGAAUGUUGUGUCAAUAUUCGAUGCUGAGAGUGAUAGGCAGACACAUUCACUGCAGGGCCACUCCACAGAGGUGCACUCUCUUUGUUGGGAUACAAAUGGAGAUUAUUUGGCUUCAGUCAGUCAAGAGUCAGUCAGAGUGUGGUCAUUAUCCUCUGGGAAGUGCAUUCACGAGCUCAGUUCUAGUGGAAACAUGUUCCAUUCUUGUGUUUUCCAUCCAAGCUACUCCACUCUCUUGGUCAUCGGAGGCUACCAGUCAAUGGAGCUCUGGAACAUGGCUGAGAACAAGUGUAUGACGGUUGCUGCUCAUGACUGUGUAAUAUCAGCUUUGGCACAGUCACCAGUUACAAGGAUGGUCGCUUCAGCCAGUCAUGAUAAAUCCGUUAAAAUCUGGAAAUAAAGAGAAAUAUUUUGUGCAGAUCCCGUGUUAGAUGUCUGCGAUCAUCUCAACUGCAGAGAAAGUCGGAAUAAACUUAAAAACAUAGAAGCUCAUUAUUAUUCUUUUUACAUUUAAUACUUGUUCGUCAGUAUUCAUGUAAUAAGGUGAUGGUUAAAAUUAACGGUGUUCAAAAGCGAUUUAUACAUGUAAUUUCCUUACUUUUUA